AUGCCUAAUAUCAUAAAUGAGGUUAAAUUGGAUUUCAAAGACGUGUUACUGCGGCCUAAACGGAGCACACUGAAAAGUAGGAAUGAUGUGGAUCUAUUCAGAGAGAUUACUUUCCGUAACUCUGGCCAGACUUACCGUGGCAUUCCCGUGAUGGCCAGCAACAUGGACACCGUUGGCACAUUUGAAAUGGCCAUGGAAUUGUCGAAGCACGGCCUCUUUACCUGUAUCCACAAAUACUAUUCAUUGGAUGAAUGGAAGAAAUUCGCUGAUGACCAUCCAGAGUGUUUGGAACAAAUGGCCGCCAGUUCCGGUACAGCGGAAGCAGACUUCGACCGUUUAUCAGAAAUCUUGAAUAAUGUGAAGAGUUUGAAGUUCAUAUGUCUCGACGUAGCCAAUGGAUACUCACAACACUUCGUGGAGUACGUGCGGCGAGUGAGGGCCGCGUACCCAUCACACACGAUCAUUGCUGGUAACGUAGUGACGGGCGAGAUGGUUGAAGAACUCAUACUGUCAGGAGCUGAUAUCAUAAAGGUCGGUAUCGGCCCGGGGUCGGUGUGUACGACUCGUAUGAAGACAGGUGUGGGCUAUCCUCAGCUGUCAGCCGUCAUAGAAUGCGCGGACGCGGCACACGGACUCAAGGGACACAUUAUAUCUGACGGAGGUUGCACGUGUCCCGGUGACGUAGCGAAGGCUUUCGGGGCGGGUGCGGAUUUCGUGAUGGCUGGCGGAAUGUUCGCCGGUCACGAUCAAUGUUCCGGGGAAUUGGUCAUUAAACCCGAUGGAAAAAAGGUGAAGCUGUUCUAUGGAAUGUCUUCAUCGACCGCCAUGUUGAAACACUCGGGCGGUGUAGCUGAAUAUAGAUCAUCUGAAGGUAAGACAGUGGAGGUUGAAUACCGUGGUAACGUGGAGGGUACUGUGAAAGAUAUUUUGGGGGGCCUCAGGUCCGCGUGCACUUACGUGGGGGCCUCGAGGCUCCGCGAACUACCACGAAGAGCCACAUUCAUCAGGUGUUGCAGACAAGUCAACGAUGUAUUCUCUUAA